AGCCUGCUGCUAUCGGAUCUGUGAUGAUAUGUGAUCUCCUGGAUACAAUCACACACACACACACACAAGUACCAGGCACUCCUGCUCAGCUGAGCAAAAUGUCUUUCUCCUAGAAGUGGUUGCUCAUCCCAGCGCUCAGAUCCUUGACGAUGUUGCCAUGCUUCCCUUCCUGCCUCCUGCCUUUUGCUGCCUUUGCCUGCCUGCUUUUCCUGCCCGGGGGUCAUCUCUGCCCUGCUGCCUGUAGCUGCAUGGACUACCACACCAUAGAUUGCCGGGAUCAAGGACUCCCAAGUGUUCCUAAUCCCUUCCCGUUGGAUGUAAGGAAACUUCUUAUAGCUGAUAACAACAUCCAGGCGAUACCAGCCGAUUUCUUUAUAUUUUAUGGAGAUCUGGUCUAUUUGGACUUCAGGAAUAACUCCCUCACCUCUUUAGAGGAGGGCACUUUCAGCAGCUCCACCAAACUGGUGUAUUUAGACUUAAGCUACAAUAAUUUAACACAGCUCGACGCCGGGACGUUCAAAUCGGCAGAGAAGCUGAUAAAGCUGAGCCUCGGCAACAACAACCUGGUGGACGUGGACGAGGCUGCUUUUGAGAACCUGGAGCAGCUCCAAGUGUUAGAGCUGAAUGACAAUAACUUACAGAGCCUCAACGUGGCAGCCCUGGAAGCGCUGCCCUCCCUGCGGACUAUUCGCCUGGAGGGCAACCCCUGGGUGUGUGACUGUGACUUUGCCAACCUUUUCAGCUGGAUACAGGACAAUGCGUCCAAGCUGCAGAAAGGUCUCCACGAAAUCCAGUGCUCCCUGCCCGUGGAGAACAGGAGAAUCUUCCUGAACGAGUUAUCUGAGGUCAGCUUCAGUGAAUGCAAGUUCAGUUUGUCACUGACAGACCUUUUCAUCAUCAUCUUCUCCGGGGUCGCCGUCUCCAUCGCUGCUAUCCUGUCCAGCUUCUUCCUGGCCACCCUGGUGCACUGUUUCCAGAGGUGUGCUCCCAGCAAGGAUGAUGAUGAUGAUGAAGAUGACAGUGAGGACUGAACUUAGUCUAUAUCCUUAAGUUUCCUCGGUCUAUAAGUUAUUAGAUCAUCAGCCAAAGUCUAGGAAGAGAAGGAGUAGAGUAAAAGCUUUCCAUGCAACCCCAGUGUGUGAGGAUCCCUUCUAAGCAGUGAUGGUCACAGGUAGGAGUGGCAGAUGUGGCACUGCCAGCU